AUGGAAACAAUUGAAAAAAAACAAUAUCAUAGCCCAAAUGAAAAUGAUAAUACUCAUCAAGAUAGCACAACAGAUGAUGAAGAAAGAAAAAGAAAAAAAAAAAGAUUAAUAGAAAAAAAAAGAAAAAUACAAUAUGAAAAAGAAAGGGGGAAACAUCGAGAAAAAACUAAAGAUCGAGAAGAAGAGGAUGAAGAGGAGGAAAGCAACAAAUAUAAUGAAAAAAAACGCCAUAGAGAAAGAGAAAAACGAAUGAAAUAUGAAGAAAUGAAAAGAAAAAAACGAGAAGAAGAUACAAAUAGCAAUAUUAGUAGUAGCAGUGACGAUAGAAAUAGUAGUAGUAGCAGUGACGAUAGAAAUAGUAGUAGUAGUAGUGAGUCAAAUAUCAAGGAUAAAAAAGAAUAUAGCGAAAAAUUUGAAAAACUGAGAAGAGAACGUAAAAGGUACCGAGAUAGAAGUAGAGACAGAAGUAGGGACAGAAGUAUGGACAGAAGUAGAGGCAGAAGCAGAGAUAAAUACAAACUUCGUGGAACAUAUACCAAUGUAGAAGUUCGUAUAAAGAGUAGUAAGCAUAGGAAUAGAUGUUCAGAUGAUGAAGAAAUAAAAGAAAGUAAAAAACAUAAGAUGCGAGAAAGGGAUGAUGAUAAAAAUAAAGAUAGUAAUAGUAGUGAUGAUUCUGAAGAAGAGGGAAAAAAAAGUAGAGAAACAAAUAAAAAAAAAAAAAUUAUUGAAAAGGGAGAAGAUGAAAGUGAAAAUAAAAACGAAAGUGACGAUAGCAAUGAAGGGUCAGAUAAAAGUAGUGUUAGAACCAGUAGUGAAAGUGGCAGGCAACGAAAAAGAAUGCGAAGUCAUAGUAGAAGCGCUUAUAGAGAAAGAAGAAGAAGAAAAUACCGAAAUUCAGAUAAAAGAUCAAGAAGAGAUAGGCAUAGAAGCAGUGAAAGAAGGCGAAGAAAAAAACGAAGAGAUAGAGAAAGAGAUCGAAUAUAUAAACGUAGAGAAAAAAAUUAUAAAUUUGAUUCUCCUCCUGAUUCUGAAUCAGAUGAUAAUAAUAAUAGUGAUGAUGAUAAAAGUAAAAAAAAAAAAAGUAAUUUUUCUUCUGAAAAUCCGAAUAGUAAUAUUCUUGAAAAUAAUAAUUUGCUUUUAAAUGCAACUAAUACAAUUCUGAGUAAUUCUGGAAACAAUAUAUCAAAUGUUAAUUUUAAUAAUCCAUCAUCAUUACUUAAUAUACUUGCUUCUAAUUCAAGUCAAAGUGGUGAUAAUGCAAUUGCAAAUCCUGGAAAUAUAUUAUUAGAAGUAGGAAAUAAGUUAAUAGAAGAAAAGAAAAGUAUAGCAUUAAAUAAAAAUCCAUUAAAUUUACUUUUAAAUACACAAUCUUUACAACAGUUAUAUAAAACAGCAUUUGGAAUUUCUGAGUUAGGAUUAUCAACAAUUGAUGCAAAUGCUGAGAAAACAGCCAGAGAAUUGUAUGUUGGAAAUAUUCCACAAAAUAUAGAUAUACAAGAAAUAGUAAAAUUUCUAAAUACAUGUUUAUUAAUAUUAUAUAAUAAAGAAAACGAAAAUGAAAAUAUAUGUUUAAAAGCAUGUAUUCGCGGUGAUACAAGAUAUGCAUUUGUUGAAUUUAGAAGCUUACAAGAUACAUCAAACUGUAUGCUAUUAAAUGGUAUUUAUUUUUAUACUAAUAAUCUUCGUAUUGGCAGGCCUAAAACAUUUCCAAUAGAAUAUACAAAACUAAUACCUCCAGCUACAAUUCCUACUAUAGAUACAUAUUAUCUAUCUCAAGGGUUAAUAGGAAUUAAAGCAUUUGCUAUUUUUCAUCAAAAUAAAGAUGAAACUAAGAAUGAAUAUAUUCCUGUUGAUAUGAUUAAGUUACAAAAAUUAUGUGUAUCAAAUAUUUCUAAAAAUAAUGAAACUAACAAAAUUAAAGAAUUAUUAGAAGCAUUUGGAGAGAUUCAAGGUUUUGAAUUUUUUGAAGGUGAAGAAAAUUCAGAUACUUAUAUCUGUCUUGUUGAAUAUAAUAAUGUAGAAAAUGCGAUACAAGCUCAUAAAAUAUUAAAUCAAAAUACUAGUUACAAAAUACAAUUUGAAUAUGAAAUUUUAAAUGAUCCUAUAAUUAAUCAACUUGUUAAAAAAAAAUAUAUGCAAAAUAAAAAUUCUAUUCUUUCACAACAAAUACCAACAAAAGUUAUCGUUUUAAGUAAAAUUGCCACAUUUGAAGAACUAUCUAAUCCUGAGGAUUAUAAAGAAAUUUCUGAAGAUAUUAAAAUAGAAUGUGAAAAAUAUGGGCCUGUUCUUGAAGUUGUUUUACCCAUUAUUUCGAUAGAUGCUUAUGAACAUUUAAUUAAAAAGUCAGAGAAAGAAAAACAAGAAAAACAAGAAAAACAAGAAAAACAAAUAAAUGAAAAUAAUGCACCUUCCGAUAAAGUUAAUGAAAAUGAUGAACAAUAUAACUCUGAUUUUGUUGGAAAAACAGAAAUAAAUAACAACCAAGAAGAAACACCUGAUAAAAUUGAAGAACAUCCAUAUUAUGACCUUAGCUCUAUUGGAUGCGCUUUUAUUUAUUUUGAAACAAUUGAAGGGGCAACUAAAACAAGAAAAGAACUUAGUGGUAGGAGAUUUGGAGCCAAUAUUAUAGAAGCCAAUUAUUAUAGCGAAAAAAAAUUUCUUAUGAAAAAUUUUAAAAAUGUUAAAUAUAAUUUUAAAAAAUCACAUUCUUCUCUUUUUAACUUAAACUUGAAGUUAGGGAAUUGUGCGUAUUCUGAUGGAUCGGAUGAAGACUAA